AUGGAGCAGCAAGAAAAUCACCUGGAAAGAGAAAGAUUCUCCUGUUGGAUCUGUGUGGAUCUACUGAAGGAUCCGGUGACUACUGUCUGUGGACACAGCUACUGUAAGAGCUGUAUUAACACCCACUGGGACAAAGAGGAGGAGAGAGGAAGCUACAGCUGUCCUCAGUGUAGACAGACCUUCACACUGACGCCUGUCCUGGAGACAAACACCAUGUUAGCUGAUUCACUGGAGGAGCUGAAGAAGACUGGACUCCAAGCUGCUCCUGCUGAUCACUGCUCUGCUGGACCUGAAGAUGUGGCCUGUGAUGUCUGCACUGGGAGAAAACGGAAAUCUCACCUUCAGCGUCAUCUUCAGUCAGCUGCAUUGAAGAAGCACAAGCUGGUGGAGCCCUCGGAGAAGCUCCAGGAGAACAUCUGCUCUCGUCACGACGAGGUGAUGAAGAUGUUCUGCCGCACUGAUCAGCAGUGUAUCUGUUAUCUCUGCUCUGUGGAGGAACAUAAAGACCACGACACAGUGUCAGCUGCAGCAGAAAGGACUGAGAGGCAGAGGGAGCUCGGGCUGAGGAGACAAACAAUCCAGCAGAGAGUCCAGGACACAGAGAAAGACGUGAAGCUGCUUCAACAGGAGGAGGAGGCCGUCAAUGGCUCUGCUGAUAAAGCAGUGGAGGACAGUGAGGAGAUCUUCACUGAACUGAUCCCUCUGCUGGAGAAAAGAAGCUCUGAUGUGGAGCAGCAGAUCAGAUCCCAGCAGGAAACUGAAGUGAGUCGAGUCAGAGAGCUGGAGCAGGAGAUCACUGAGCUGAAGAGGAAAGACCAUGAACUGAAGCAGCUCUCAGACACAGAGGAUCACAACCAGCUUCUACACAACUACCCCUCACUGUCACCACUCAGUGGA